AUGCUGAAUUGGUGGCUAGGUCGGAGUGCGGAAGAGAAUUAUGGUCAAGACGAAUACCACGAGCAGGAUGCGCCAGAGACCCCUGCGCCAGUCUUCGCAGCUCGUGCAUUGAAAAGUGCAAUUUUUGGAACUCCAGCCUUCGUAUCAGAUGACACUAUCUACAAAAUCGAGCACGAUGAGGGGAUGCAGGGUGAAGGGAAGCAGGCAGGGAAGGAUAUCACCGCAUCACGGUCCGACAAUAUAUCUCCUACAAAACCACCAGGCAUUCUGUUAACACCGGGUACGGCAACUACGAGAAGAAAAACCGUAUCAUUUGGCAACGAGGUCGUAGACAAGGGAAUCAACCCAGAGGAAGGUGGGGAAACCCUCCAAAAUCAGUGGUCUUCGAAACGCCGCACAUCGAGGAAGACGUCGCUCACAAAACAAUUGGAAGAGGCUCGGGAGAGCAAAUCCUCCAAGACAGCAAACAGCAAAACCUCGAAUGAAUCGAAUCCUCAAGUUAAUGUUGAGACGCACGGGUCCAAUGCUGCACCAGAGAAGAUACGAUCCGCACCUGUUAGGGGUUAUAAUUCAGAAAGGAGCAACCAGGAACUGCUCCAGGAAAUGGCUACAGGGGUUGGACACAACGCUGAUGUGACGGUAGACUUGAGUGAACCCCGUUCACAGUCGGGCAGAUACUGGAAGGAGCAAUUUCAGACCUAUCAUGAUGAGGCAAAGGCUGAGCUGCAGAACCUCCUGAAAUAUAAGCACAUGGCGAGAACUUAUGCUAAGGCGAGGGAUAGCGAUGCUCUGGAUCUUCAUGAGAAAUUAAAGGAGGAACAACGGAAGGUUAUCCGAAUGGAGGACAAAAUAUCGCAAUUGUCGGCACGAAUUGCCUCGGCAGGCUUCGAAGGGCUUGAUGAUGAGUCUCCUGAGUUGAUAAAAGAACUUGCUAGACAGACUGCGUUGUCCUUGCAAUACAAAUCUCAAGUGGAAGAGUUUCGAGCAGCCCUGGAAGAAAACAGAGGCAGUCCCCUAAAGCAAAAUAGUCAGGAUGGGAGGAUCCUCACACUGCCAGGAACGAAACAGACUUUUCUGGAAACGACUCGCGAGCUCAAGGAAGCAAGGGAGCAACUACGUGAGAUGUCCUUACUUCGCAAUGAGCUGGACAACGUUCGGCAGACGUUGUCUACUGCAGAGAAGACCAGUCGGAAGCUCCAGGAUGAGAACACAAAGUUAACGCAAGAACUGCUUCACGCGGAUUUGCGACUUGAAAAGCAUGUUGACAAAGGCGAGAGGCGUCGACAAUCUUCAGAAGAGCAACGCCAGAGAAAGGAGGAGGCUAUGAGAACACUCCAAAUGGAUUAUAACACUUUGAAAGAGAAUGCGAAAGCGCAACGCCGUGAAGCCGAAUAUCAGUUAAAGAAGCGACAUGAUCAAGUUGUGGAGCUAAAGAAGGAGAUUGCUUCUCUGCGAGGUGCAAAUUCAACAGUCCAGGAUUUCCAGCAGGCCCUGCAAAAGAAAACUCAGGACCAUGACAAAAUUGUGAGAAGUUUACAGACGGAAAUCGCGAGUCUAAGAGCCAAAGCCCGAGAACGAGAGGCUAUCGCGGGCUCGAAGACAGAUAGCAUGCCGCCACCACUCCAGAGAGUAGCUGUUUACGGCGAUGCUUCUCACGCUCGUGAGAACCAUUUUGCAGUGUCGAACCAGCCAAUUUCUCGGCCUCUCAAGACUGUUGCUUCAGCAAGGCAAUUGCGCUCUGACACACCUGCUGAAUCUCCUUUGUCACGAUCUGCCCAUCCUGCGCUGUCCGAAAUUGUCAACCAAGCAAAUGUUGAUUCGGUGCCUCCGAGAACACAUGGACCGGUCCAAUAUACCCCUUUAGCGAGACGAUUCUCAGAUCUCUCCCUUCAUUCUACAAGACCAAAGCUGCCAUCAGAAGAGCCAUCGACAAGCCGAGAAUUCCACGAGCGGUACUGUAAGCCAAAGCCAAGUCCUAUGCCGUCAAUGUUCAAUAUUCCAUCAUCUCCUCCAAAGCCAGUCAUGACGCGGUCUCAUGCUACCGAAGAGCUUGCGCGCAAGAGAUCAAGUAAUAAUCUCCAAAGCCGACGACAAGGGAAUGCGAAUUCGAGCCGUUUGUCCGCUGUUGAGGGCUCAAGGAUGAGAGGCAAUCUUCCACCUGAAAGAGCUGCAGCCGCAAGAGCCAGACUUGAACAGAAGAAUGCAGAGAAGAAGAAGGUGAAGUCAGAAGGAGAAAAAGAGAACAUCCAAGUGUGA